UCGCCUCUUAGAUCUAGAGAUCUAGACUAUGGAUAGGGCAGAUGAUGUAAAGAUAAAACUUGAAAUUUAUGUAUUAGAUCUAUAUAGAUCUAGAUCUAGUUUACAGCUUAGAUUUAGAUGUAGAUCUAGACUAGACUAGCUCUAAAUCCUAUAUUGCAUAGACGAUUCAAUAGUAGCAAGUUUGUUUGAAACUGUGUCAGUGUCACACUCAGUGUGACUCAGUCACGCAAAGUCAACAAAUUACAGAGUUGAGAGAGUUGCUCAACUACAUGAACUUGCUGUUGAAGUUGAUUACACCAUGGCCACAGUAAAAACCAAGAAGAGAAUGAUGUAUGCAGUUUUUGUAAUCAUAUUUAUUUCUGGUGGUGUUGAGUAUGCUGUUAUAUUGCCUACUCUAUGGUUGUAUCUGCACACAUCCUAUGAUUCACCAGAAUACAUGCUUGGCCUAGUGCUAUCAGCAUACAGUGUAGCUGCAUUUUUUUCUUCACCACUCUUUGGCAGAUUAUCUGAUCGAAUAAGAUGCACCAAACAGAUAUUCCUAGUCUGUUCAACGUUUGAGUUAGUUGGAAGUUUUUUGUAUUUUGUUGGAAUUUCACAGUGGCUGUGUGUAGGAAGCAGAUUUAUAUCAGGUUUUGGUGCAGCCAGUGAAGCUAUAGCUCUUGCUGAAGUCUCAAGAUAUACAACAGAAAAGGAAAGAACUGGAAUAAUAUCCAACUUGGUGGCCUCUCGGCAAAUUGCAUUGCUCAUUGGUCCUGGGCUCAAUGUGUUCCUGCGUGAAGCUAAUUUCACGAUUGGUAUUUUUGAAGUUAACAAAUUUUCCUCUCCAGGAGCUUUCAUGGUCAUCAUGUGGUCCUUGUUGCUUCUAAUUAUCCUGACUCUGUAUACAGAACCUAAACACAUUUAUGCUGAAAUAGAAACAGAGAACAGACGAGAUAGGGUACAAGGGAUCAAUGUUCCUUCUCCACACAAUGAGCCCAAUACAGAGACAUCUCAGAGACAUGAAGAAAGAGGAGCUAUAGCUACUGAGCAAAGAGAUCACACUGUGUAUAGUACAGAUAGUGUGAGUGUAGCAUCCACUAGCAGUUUUCAAACCAAAGAUUUACUUCUGUCUUGUGAACAGCAAGAUUUUGUAUACCCCCCACUAUCUCAUGACACUGCUAGUCAAGGCCACAAAGAACUAACACCCAGGGAAUCCCCCUUCCCGAGUGACACUUCUGAUUCUGAGGCGUCUAGUCGUUUUCAUGACACGAGACCCCCAACCCUGAGCUCCGAGGACAGUGCUGACACCAUCACUAACGAGAAUGAGGAGGUAGUUCCAGGGACGCCCAAAUUUGAGCUGAGCUGCUCUAUGGACCUACUAAUUUCUGCAGAAAGAAUAAUCAACAGUAGCCAUUGGGUUAACAGGCCUUUGUCUGAGAUUGAGCAUUGGAAGAAAGAUGAGCUCUACUUUGAUGAAGACCAUUUUGGUUUGAAUGUUGACAGCACUGAUGCUAAUGAGAGAUCUCCAUUAAUGGGACGACAUUCUGUUCUGAGCAGCAGCAACUCCAGGUUCAUGAAAUCACAAGGUUACAAUGAACCAUACAUAGAAAGAAGUUUAUCAGCACUUCUUGAUGAUCCUAUUGCUAGAGAAGGCAAAAUGGGUUUCUUCUGUAAUGAGUAUAUAAGAGAUGAAAUCAUUGCCAUUGUGUGCCUUUUGUUUUGUGCCAUGUUCUCACAGGUUUGUGUUGAGACUAUGGUGCUACCUCUGACACUAAAAUACUUAGACUUUGAUGAAUUACAAAAUAGUCUUUUAUACUGUGCCUGUGGUGUUGAGAUUAUUAUAGUAUUUUUAAUUAUGUCCCGGCUGAGUCGCUGUUUAUCUGAUCGUGUUAUGAUGAUGUUUGGUGCCAUCAUGAUUCUUGCUUCAAACAUCUGGCUGCUGUGGUACCUGCCCAGGGCUCCUCCUCAUAAUUUGAUACAAAAUUUGCCUUACUUCACCAUUGCUGUGUUUCUGGAUAUCCUAAGCCUUCCCUUUCUUCUAGUUUGCUCAACUUCCUUGUAUUCUAAACUAACACGGAAAGAAACUGCUGGUUUGAGCCAAGGUUUGCGUCGAGGUGUAGUAGGUUUAGGUACUAUUAUAGCUCCACUGUGGGGCUCCUCAGCAGUCAAUCAACCUUAUGUUUUACUUGGUGUAUUGGUAGCACUUCAGGCUCUGUCAUUGGUGCUUUGUGUUUUAUCAUUUAAACGUCUUGUGCCAACUGCAGACUCAUCAGUCCGUGUAGUUUCUCCCUCAACCUCACGCACCAGAAGCCCAGCCCACAGUUCAUCUUUCCGUAACUACAGCUCCAACUCCAACAAUGCCAACAUCCAAGUUCCAAAUUCACGAUCAGCUCAUUCCACACCCUAUGGAUCAAUCCAGAGAAGUUUAGCAGGCUCCAGUUACCAUUCAGUAAACAGUCUAGCUGAGGAUAGAGCUUUGUUGCGAGCCUAAAACUCUUUCCUUACAUAAAUCACUUUAGUUUGCGUCCUAUCUGGCAGUAAGUUUUUUUUUACGAACUAAUCAAUAUAUUGUGCAAAAAAUACUGCAGAUAUAUUUUAACAAUACAUUAUUUAUAUUAUUUAUCAAAUUAUUUAUUUUGGAUGCCAUUGAACAAAGAAAGUUAUGACUAUUGACAAAUGUUGAGGGUUAAAUUACUUUUGCCUUUUUUUGUAUCAUUUUUUUAUGGGACAAGCAGAUGGAGUUACUACAAGUAACAUAACUUUUUAAAUAUGUAAUUCUAACAUAUUUGAUUUUAUUUUACAGGGAAAAAAAUAAGCUAACAAAGAUAAAUAGAUUCAAAAAUAUUUAAGAAAAAAACAUUUUUAAUACAACUUAAACUGAGUAUUGAAAAAAAAAACAUUUACAAAACAUCAUAAUUUUUCCUAAUCCCAUUAUUUAUUGUACAAUCAUAAAACUAAACAUAGGUUUACUUUAAAUCUCACAAGAGAUACACAAAAGUACAAAUAUGUAUUCAGUUUUCCUGAGAUCCUAGGACACUGAUUGAAAAAAAUGUAUCCAAUUUAUGUAUGUAAAGGAAGAACAAUGUAAAUAAAAAAGAAAUAAUUGAAAAACAAAAAGAGCAACAUAUAAAUUUUAACAUCUAGAUCUUGAGACAAAUGCCAUACACAAUGUUACUUGCUUAGAGUAAUGCAACGCUUAUCUGUGCUACAUAAGCUAUUCCCUAAAGGUAAUGUCACAAUUGAAAGAGUUACCACAAUAUGACAGAUUUAUAAAUAUUAAGCUACUCUGCUAUUGUGAAAUUAUUUUACUAUGGCUAGGCUAAGGGUUGAAAAAUAGUACUUUACUUAUGUCUUUGGAAAAAAAUUGUGUCUGAUCAAAUUUGAAUAGUAAAGUACUUUCACUUGUUCUUCAUUAAUACAUUGGCUAGAAUAAUUGCUUACAAACUCUUAUUAUUUAAAACAGCAACAUUGUUUUGAAUAUUUUGAGAUAUUCAAGAAGUUAUUAAUUGCAAGAAUUCUUCUUUGCUAUCCUUAAGCCAUGUGGGUAAAAUUAUAAUGAAACAAAAAAACAAAAAAAUAAAACUAUCAAUACUACAUCCAUAUAACUAUGCAACUAUUAUUUUUUUGAAAGGUUGUCUUUAGGGUAGUCAUGUAGUAAUAAGCCAGUUGUACAGAGUCUACAUUUUCAUAUAUAUAUAUAUAUUUAAUCCUUUCCAAAACACAUCCUUAGUCAACUCAGCAAUUUAAGGAUUUCAGGGUAACAGAUUUCAGUUGUGGUCUGGUUAGUCAGAAAGACACAAAGAUAAAGGCACAUUCCUCGAUCCAUAUGCUAGGACAAAUUUGUACAAAUGCUCCUUCUUCCCUAGCACUAUUAGAAUAUGAAAUGGGUUGCCUGAGCUAGCCAGGAAAACCAGUGACUUGGCAGAUUUUAGGUCAUUGGUUAAUAUGCGUGACUAAAUGCAUGACACAUAAGAUGUAAUUAUCUUCUUUUUUGAAGCAACGUCUGUAUCAUAUAAGAUAAGAUAAGAUAGCCAGUCAAAAGCUUAGACAAUUUUAAAUACUGUACUAAAUAAGCUUUUGUUUUUUAAAUAUUUUUUUAUAUUUACUUUUGUUUCACAUAAUAAUACUUUGCAAUUAUUAUGCAAUUUUCUAGUUUCCUAAAUGUUUUUUUAUCUACUUUUAAAUUUAAAGCAAAUUUGUUCUGCCUUUCUCUUUCUUAAAUCAUUCCUGAACUUUUUACAUUGUUUUACUUGCUGUUAUGUUAAUGAAAAAGCCAUAUUUAUUUGUUACAUUACUUAUUGACAAAACUUCAUGUUACUGUAUAAUAGACAUAGUUUUAAAACAAUACAUUGCAAAAUUACUAUGUAAUAGUCAUAUGUAAUAGUCAUAUGUAUUAGUCAUAUGUAAUAGUCAUACCAGACUUUUGAAGCUAAAAUGUAAAUUAGUUAGUAACAUAAUUAAUGUUUCUAUAUGUGUUUUUCUCUCUCUGUCUAUAUAGAUAUAUUUUAACAUUUAGAUAUUAUUAUAUAUAUGUUGCUAUGGGUUAACGUUGACUUCAAGCUGUCAGUCAGGAUUAUGAUUUUGGGAAGCAAAAGAUUUAAUGUGUAUGACUAUAUGAUGUGACAUUUUGUCUGACAGAUGUGACAUUUCAUUUUACUGUGAUAUGACUAUUUUUUUUGUGUCAUUUGACAUUUUGUUUGUGUGAUGUGGCAUUUUGACUGUGAUGUGACAUUUUAUGUGUGUGAUGUAACAUUCAAUUUUAGUGUAUGGUGUGACAUUUAAUUUAUUGUGUGAUGUGACAUUUUUUUUGACUGUGUGAUGUGACAUAUUGUUUGUGUUAUGUGACAUUUAGUUUUUGUGGUGUGACAUUUAGUUUGACUUUGUGAUGUGACAUUUUGUUUGUGUAAUGUGGCAUUUAGUUAGACUGUAUGAUGUGACAAUAACACAAAACAAAAUAUGGUCAAAAGGAAUGAGGGCCCAAGGCUAGGCUGAAAUAAUCUUGACAACUGCCAGUUAACCAGGGGCGGACUGGCUAUAUGGGCAUUCGGGCAAAUGCCCGGGGGGCCGGUAUCCAAAUGGGCCGGUAAGACCACAGUAAGCAUCGUUUUUUUUUUUUUUUUUGAAAUCACGUCUGUAUUUUAUAAGAUAAGGGCCGCAUGGAUGCCACUAUGAUAAAGGUUUUAUAGUAUUCCUUAUAACAGGGCCCCACAGAGCGAAGUAUUUAAAGAAAUUACAUUUUACAGACUCUACUAGGGCCUACUAAUUUAAUCAAACACAUUUUCUGAAAUAAUGUAAUGGUCUAAAUCCGUAGACAGAGAUACUAGUAGGGCUUCAACCUUUUUAGGACCUACACACUUUGCGAUUAAAAAGCAACAUAAGGCCUUAACAAUGAUUUUGAGGACAGAAUAUGAUUUUCUUCAUAUUAUAUACAAUUUAUGGGCCAUAUGGUAUAGAAAUGCCCUGGCCGAUUUAGACACCCAGUUCGCUCCUGCAGUUAACUAUAUCUUUAAUUGAUAUUUUCACAGAAUGUGUUCUUUCUAUGGUGUGCUAUGUGCUGAAAUUGUGAUAUUUAACAUUUACACUUAGUUUCCAUUGAGAUUUCCAUUUCUUGGGGCAGAUGAUGAAAACCUGACCUCUAGCUUUUGCCAAAGGUUAUUGAGGAGUAACACAUGAAUACAUAUAUAGAUUAUGUAGUUAUCUAUUAUUUUUUGAUGCAAGCAUAGUAAAUCACUGUUACCAAUGCAUUUUAGGUACUAAAUAGAGCUGAGUGGCAUUUAUAAUCUUUUUAGAUUCUGAAUGAAAUAUUGUAGUCCAUAAAGGAUUCUUAAGUUCAAGACUUCAUUUCAGCAUCUGUUCAGUCACCAUCUCAACUUAAUGUUUAACACACUGAGAGUCCUCAUAAUGUGCGUUUCCAUUAAGUUUAUGUAUAGGGAAAAUGAAACUUGUAAACUAAUAGUGAGAGCCAGUUGAUAUAUAUAUAUAUAUAUUGUUUUACAUAUGGCAGUUUAGCUGCUUCAUGUCAUUCAGACACAGUAUCUAAUGUCCAAGCUUUCAUCUUGUUAUACUCUGCCAGUUCAACCAUAGUCACUGGUCUCAAUGAUUGGUCAGCUCUCUAUCACCUAACUUAGUGACCUUUGGUUUGUCAAAUGUUUGAUGUCAAAUGUUUGUACAUGUUUUGGAUGUUCCUCCAAAGUUGAAGAUAACAUACUUCCUAGUCCUCACACAGAAUGAUGGAAAUGACAGUGGGCAGGGUUUGAAUCAUCCAGAAAUCAGAAAGACCAAGCAGCAAAUGAGACUUUAUUCUGUGCUAUGGAUAAGUUAUGAAAGAUGUCUAUACAAAGUGUGUGUCCACCAAUACAAAAUAGAGAGCAAAGGCUACUAUUGAAGACCACUUAAGAAAUAAUGCCCAGUUGUCCACUUUUGAAGAAAAACUAUUAUUAUGUCCCUUUGCUAAUUUCUAAAUAUACCUCUCCCAAAUAAAUCACAAUUUUAUUUUACACACCAUGAUUUUCCAACACAUAAUUUUGAAAAGUUGGAAAAUGUGAAACUGCAACUUUUUUUGGUGUACUAGACUUAGAGCUUGGGUUGUUUGAGUUGUUUGAAGUAUUCUUCAUCAGUGAGAGACUAUUUUAUAUUUCAGUAAAGUGUAUUCACAUGCUGCUUACUGUUUUCACUACCAUGACUUAGUCUGUUACACAGCAGCUUACUUGAAGAGAUGACUUGAUUACUUAAUCAUUUCAUUGGAUUAUUGAAAGACAGUCAAAUCUAGUUCAAACACUAUUUGUUGGAUAUAUUAAAAUAAUCAAAUGUUUAUGAACUGGGUUUUUUUUUUUUU